UCGAUUUGGGGCACGCGGGGAUCCGUAGUGACGCCACUUGUUGGAAAUUGUCAGAGUGGCAAGAUGGCUACGGAACCAAAUAAGACCGAAAUCUUAACCAUUUUCAAAAGAUUAAGAUCCAUUCCUACAAACAAGGUAUGUUUUGACUGCGCUGCCAAAAACCCCAGCUGGGCGAGUAUAUCCUAUGGUGUGUUCUUGUGCAUUGACUGCUCUGGCAUCCACCGCUCCCUGGGAGUGCAUCUAAGCUUCAUCCGGUCCACAGAGUUAGACUCUAACUGGAACUGGUUUCAGCUUAGAUGUAUGCAGGUUGGAGGCAAUGCCAAUGCGACUGCAUUCUUCCGCCAGCACGGCUGCUCCACAAAUGACACCAACGCCAAGUACAACAGUCGUGCAGCCCAGAUGUACAGGGAGAAGAUUCGGCAGCAAGCAAAUGCUGCGUUGUCUAAAUAUGGCACAGAUCUGUGGAUUGACUCUUCUGCAGGAGGCACUCAGGCGGCUCCUGAGAAGAAAGAGAGUGACUUUUUUGCUGAACAUACACUGCCUGCUAACGACUGGAGCAUGGCGCCGCACUCUGAGCCAGAGCAGAAUGGAGCCACUGUCACUCCACAGCUGACGGACACAACGGCCAAAGGCCAGGAUGACAACCAGCCAGAAGAAGGACCCAGCAUCGACGGUCUGAGCACAUCACCCAAAGCCUCCAUUGAUGUGAAGCCUUCCAUCAUUGGAAAGAAGAAGCCCAUGGCUGCCAAAAAAGGGCUCGGUGCAAAGAAAGGUCUCGGUGCCCAAAAGGUGAGCAGCAAGAGUUUCUCGGAGGUGGAGAAGCAGGCUCAAGUAGCAGAGAAGCUGAGAGAAGAGCAGGCCGCUGAGGCCAAGAAGCAAGCAGAGGAGUCCAUUGUGACCUCGAUGCGUUUGGCUUACAAAGAACUGGAGAUCGACAGGAAGAUGGAGGAAAAAAAGCUUCAGAACCUGGAAGGCAAGAAGCGAGAGCAGGCCGAGAGACUGGGCAUGGGCUUCGGCAACAGGAGUGCUGUGUCUCACUCAGUGAUGUCAGAGAUGCAGGUGAUUGAGCAGGAAACUCCUGUGGGAGCCAAGUCCUCCUCUCGCUCCAAACUGGACAUGUUUGAUGAGCCGGGUUUCACCUCUGGACCCCCGAAAUAUAAGGACAACCCGUUUACAGUGGGUGACAGUUUUGGAUCCAGGUGGGAUACUGAGGGAGGGACCGCCUCCUUUACCACCUCCUGGGCUCUGGAGAAAGAGGACCCCAAAGAGGAGGUCACCAUCUCUAGUAUUCAGCCAAUUGGAGAAAGACUUCCCAGCAGAAGAAAAGCAGAGGUAUCAGCUCCGGUGUCCGAGUCCAGUGAGGCCAGACAGAAGUUUGCGAAUGCCAAGGCGAUCUCUUCGGACAUGUUCUUUGGCCGGGAGAGCAGCGCGGAGUAUGAGGCGAAGACAAGACUGGAGAACAUGUCUGGAAGCACCUCCAUCAGUUCAGCUGACCUGUUCGGGGACGGCAGCGACCAUAAAGGGAGGGCGUCGGGCUUUGACAGUGUGCUCCCCUCCGGCCCGGACAUCGCACAAUUCAAACAAGGAGUCAAGACCGUAGCGGGCAAGAUGGCUGUCCUCGCCAACGGUGUCAUGAAUACAAUCCAGGAUCGCUACGGCUCCUACUGAUCGGCCCCGAGAGGCUAGCAGCAACCUGUGGGAAGACAUGCUAACUAACGCCUGUGUAGAGCCAACCAGCCUCCUCACUGACACAAGCAUUUUGGCGAAGUAGAUGGGACGAGAGCGAGACGGGACGCAGAAAGGAUUGCAUGGGGAAAAGAAAUCGUCCCUCUCGCUCGUCCUCUUUUAGAGACAAUUUUACAGGAGUGAGACAGCGUUUUCUUCUCUCAUUCUCAUCUGCAGACUCCUGAGUUUUAUUUUCAUAAAGGAAACGAUUGAAAGGUGUAAUCUUUUCUAAACAAAGAGUUAAGUUGUAAUUUACUGUUGAGAUAUUUUUUAUUUUUUUUUUUUUUUUUGGUCUUAGUUUUCAAACUGACGUCGGAGUUAAUUCUACUACAUUUUAUUCCUUAUACAUAAAGUGUUGUUUUUGAUUGAUAUUAUCAGAUACUUCAUUCUUAAGAUGUUUCUUUGUUUUUGUUUCAUUGUGAUAUUAAAAAAGUUGCAGUAUAUAUUUUCAACUUUAAGGAUUAAUUUGAACAACAAAUCCACAAUGUUUGCAUUCAGUGUCGCUGCUGUACACUUACACUAGAGUUUGUCCACAGGUUGUUGUUUUUUUUUCAUUUACAUAAAGCACUGUCUUGACGAUUUCACACAAUUUGUGAGCUUGGACUUCUGAGCAUUUCUGCCUGGGUGAAAGUAUAUGAAACAUUGGAGCAUCAAACAUUUGAUGUCCUAGCUGCUAGGGUUAUUUAUUAUCUGUCUUUUUAAAAAUGGUUGAACACACAAGUGGUCCAGCGUCUAAUUUGUUGGCCACGGCCGGCCCACUCGUGUUCCAACAUACAUGACAAACGAAUUAGAAAUUAGUGAUUAAACCCAAACAGUAGUUGUAAAAAAAGAGACACAUCAAAUGAGCAUGAAGUGUCAUUUAAAGUAUGUAUAUAAUAAGGAGAACUUGAUCCUUGAAGUCAGAACGUGCAGAGUCCCAGCCCAUAAAACCAUGACACGGUUUAGACUAUGCAUCACCAUGUUACGACCUUCGAAGGCGUCUGACUUCGAUGUCUUGCGGGUUGAAUCUGAAGUCUGCCUCGGUGUACCUCAACCCCCGAAAAAAACACCACAUUUUUCCUGCCUUUUUUUUUCCUCCCUCAGUAGUUUAACCUUUUAUUUUGGAAGGCUGAUGACUGAAAGUUUACGGUUUUUUUCUGCUCAGUUUCAGACUUAUUGGCCAAUGAAAAAAUAUUCCUGAUAUUCACGGUGUAAAACAAAUCGUAAUGAUUGUACAUAUAACAGAUUUUGAGACAAAAUCUUUUGUCUUCGGGAAAAGGAACCGUUUCAGUAUUUCUCAAAUACUGUUGAACUGAAUUUCAAGUGAAUACAACAAAAGCCGUCUAGUAUGAACCCUUGUGAUAAACCACUUACUCAGCGAGGUGUCACAGCUUACAUCUCUUACCAGUUUCCUGAUUGUGAUGCAGCUAAACCCCAGUACCUUCCCCUUGUGUGUUCCCGGCAGACUUGACAUUCAAGAAGUUUUUGAAAGGCCUGAUGAGGUCUGAAAACCGGUUUGUAAUUUUCUUUGAUAGAUCAGAUGGUCAAAAAUUUUUUUUUUUUCCUAGCGUGGCCAUGCCUGUGUAUGUCCCACCCGUGAUAAACUCUCCGAAAAGUAACACACAUGUGGACUCAAAGGAUGAAACAUUAAACUAUUUAUUUGUAGGCUACAAAAAGAAACUUAUUCGGUAUGUUAAUAAAGAUUCAAAACCUC